GCCUGGCCGUGUUUAUGUUUGUGUGCUCGUGCGUGAGUCUGCUCAACAGGACGCGUUUGUUGCAGCUUCUACGGACCAAACCCACCGAGGGCGACAUGGCGGCGGCCGCACCGAGCUCGGAGGACGCGGGCCGAAGCGGCAGCAGCGCGGGGGGAAGCGGUACGGCCAGCGGCCUGAGCGCGGACGGAGACUCCGAGGAGGCCGAGGAAUUCACCUCCUCGAGCCACUGCUCGGAGCUGUCGCGGCGCCAGAAUGAGCAGCGGAAACACGGGCUCUUCUGUGAUGUUACUUUAGCCUUCAGUAGCGGGGCGAUCCGUGGAGAAAGUGACACCUGCUUUGAACUGAUGGCGCAUCGCUCCGUGUUGUCUGCGGCAACUGACUACUUCUCCCCGUUGCUCGGUGGUCAGUACUCCGAAUCCGAGUCUGGGCGCGUGGAGAUGAAGGAGUGGAGCUCGGAAACGGGUCCGGACCAGGACACGGUGGAGAGCGUCAUUCAGUUCAUGUACACGGGAGAGAUCCGCGUGAGCACUGCUAAUGUCCAUGAAGUGCUGGAGCUCGCGGACAGGUUCCUGCUGGUCCAUCUGAAGGAGUUCUGUGGGGAGUUCCUGAGGCGUAAGCUGAGCCUGGGGAACUGCGUGGCUGUGCACAGCCUGGGCCACAUGUACAGUCUGGAGCGCCUGGCCUCACGCGCCGCAGAGCUCAUCAGACGCCACUUCCAGCAGGUGGCGCUAGACGAGGAGUUCCUGACGCUGCCGUUCCACCUGGUGCGGGACUGGCUGGCCGACGCUGAGGUCACCGUGGAGACGGAGGAGGUGUUGUUGGAGGCGUUGGUGCGCUGGGUGCGUCGGGACGAGUCGGAGCGCGAGCGCUAUUUCCUGGAGCUGCUGCGUCUGCUGCGCCUGCCCCUCAUGCGGCCGAGCUUCCUGCUGCGCGCGCUCCGCAGCGAGCCCCUGGUGGCCAACAGCGCCCCCUGUCUGCAGCUGCUGGUGGAGGCGGUGGAGUUGCACGCUCUGCAGGGCGAGGGCCCCAAGAUGGCCACCGGCGCGGAGACGGGCCCCUCGCUUCUGCCGGCCUGCCAGCCGCGCUUCGGACAGAACAUGGACGUCAUCAUGGUCGUGGGCGGGGUCUCGGAGGGCGGGGACUACCUGAGCGAGUGCGUGGGCUACUUCCUGGAGGAGGAGCGAUGGGUCAACCUGCCGCACAUACACAACCACCUGGACGGACACGCCCUGGCUGUCACGGCGACGCACGUCUACGUAGCAGGUUCCAUGGAGCCGGGAUUUGCCAAGACGGUAGAACGCUACAGCCCUGCCAGGAAUACCUGGGAACAGGUGAGUAGUCUCCCCACACGCAAGCACAGCUUCGGCCUCACGUGUGUGCGAGACGCCCUCUACAGCAUUGGUGGCCAUGGCAACUUCAGCCCGGGCUUCAAGGACGUGAGCGUGUACGAGCCUGAGCUGGACCGCUGGCUGAGCCUGGAGUCGGCGCCCCGCAUCCUGCGCGACGUCAAGGCCAUCAGCGUGGAGGACCGCUACGUGUAUGUCACCGCUCGCACGCCCGUCGACACCGACAACGAGGACGGCCUGAAGACGGUGACCACGCGCUAUGACGCGGACAGCCGGCAGUGGACCGAGGUGGACGCGCUGCCACUCAUCGAUAACUACUGCGCCUUCCAGAACGCCGUCGCCCCUAGCAACUUCUACCACACGGCGUCGUGCUGCCCACGGAGCUACCGUCAGGUCAGCGACGAGGAGGCGCGCCUCAAGGGCAGCGGCCGUAACCAUGACGACCGCGAGGUCAGCGACGAGGAGGCUCGCCUGAAGGGCAGCGGCCGCGUCCAUGACGACUUGUUGAUAGAGUGCUGA